GGUUUUAAGGAUUAGGUCUAGGUAGAAAGCGAGCAAAUGGCGCUCGCGCUGUUCUUCGCCCCAGAUCUUCCUCCUCUGGCAGCGAUCGCAGCGGCGGCAGUGGGCGGCGUAACGAUCGAUCCGGUUUCUAGCCUCCCUGAGGGAUCCAAGCCGCAGCUAGCGCUGGAAUCCGGUGACAGGCUACUGGGAUUGAACACGCUGGUGCGAUUUUUCGGGCGAUUGAGCUCGCUACACGGAUUCUAUGGCGUCGAUCCGGUCACUGCUUCUCAGGUAGACGAAUGGCUGGACUAUUCACCGAAGUUUAGCGCUGGUGCCGAGUUUGAGGAGUGUUGCCACUACGCCAAUUCCUAUCUAGCGAUGCGUACCUUCCUGGUGGGAUACACUACCACUGUCGCGGAUAUCACGAUCUGGUCAUCUCUCGCUGGUGGAGGCAAGAGGUGGGAGAGUAUGAAGAAGUCUGCAAAGUUCCCACAUCUUUCACGCUGGUAUGACGCCAUUUCAGUCGAUCGUCCGAUACUCCAGGAACUAGCUUCCAAGUACGUUGGGAAAAGGGGACUGGGAAGGCCCGUCUCUGUUGAAGCGAAGCCAGUAGGAGCCGCAGCGGCUGGAGCUCCAAAGAAAGGGAAAGCCGACGUCCAGCAGACUGAGAAGGCCCAGAAGGUCGAAGGCUCGUUCGAGAUAUCUUUGCCGGGUGCCGAGAUGGGAAAGGUGUGCACUCGUUUUCCACCGGAGCCUAGCGGCUUUCUCCACAUCGGGCAUGCGAAGGCUGCGUUUCUCAACGAGUAUUUCGCGCGGAAGUACGGAGGGAAGCUGAUUGUGCGGUUUGACGACACGAAUCCGAGCAAGGAGAAAGACGAGUUCGUGACGAAUAUAAUGCAGGACCUGGAGACUCUAGAGAUCAAGCCAGACGAGGUCACGUACACGUCCGACUACUUUCCCGCUCUAAUGGAAAUGGCAGAGAAGCUGAUCAAGGAAGGGAAAGCCUAUGUCGACGACACUCCCAGGGAGGUGAUGCAGAAGGAAAGGAUGGACGGGAUCGAGUCGAAGCGCAGGAAUCAGAAUGUGGAAGAGAACUUGGCGUUAUGGAAGGAGAUGGUGGCAGGGACGAAAAGGGGCCUGAGUUGCUGCUUGAGGGGAAAACUCGACAUGCAAGCACUGAACAAGACGCUGAGAGACCCUGUGUACUACAGGUGCAACCCGGAGGAACACCACAGGGUGGGCUCGAAGUACAAGGUGUAUCCAACGUAUGACUUCGCAUGCCCGUACGUGGACAGCACCGAAGGAGUCACUCAUGCGCUUCGAUCCAGCGAAUAUCACGACAGGAACGAGCAGUAUUACAGAAUCCUCGCGGACAUGGGUGUAAGACCGGUCCAUACGUGGGACUUCAGCCGUCUCAACUUCGUCUAUACACUUCUGAGCAAGCGGAAGCUGCAGUGGUUUGUGAGCCAGGGCCUCGUGGAAGGCUGGGACGAUCCGCGCUUUCCUACAGUGCAGGGCAUGCGAAGGCGUGGCCUGACUGUUGAGGCACUGCGCCGCUUCAUCCUUUCACAGGGCGCGUCAAAGAAUCUGAACCUGAUGGAGUGGGACAAGCUAUGGACGAUCAACAAGCAGAUUAUCGACCCGGUUUGCCCGAGGCACACGGCGGUCUUGAAGGAUGGAAAGGUUCCACUCACUUUGCGAGACGGACCAGAGACGCCAUUCAUCCGGAUCAUACCUCGGCACAAGAAGUUCGCGGGAGCAGGCAAGAAGGCUACCGUUUUUGCGAACACCAUCUUAAUCGACAAAGCCGAUGCGGAAGCAAUUCACGAGGGGGAGGAGGUGACACUCAUGGACUGAAACACCAUCAUCGAGAAGAUCGACAGGGAGGGGGACAAAGUCACUGGCUUGUCCGGGGUGCUGCAUCUCGAGGGAUCGGUGAAGACCACCAAGCUCAAGCUGACAUGGCUCGCGGAUCAUCCGGAGCUCGUGGAUCUCAACCUCGUUGAGCUUGACUACCUUAUCAGAAAAGAGAAGAUGGAGGAGGAGGACGAGCUGCUUAAUGUGUUGAACCCGGUCACUAAAAUCGAGGUGGCAGCGGUGGGCGAUUCCAACAUGCGAAACCUCGCCAAGGGGGAGAUUAUUCAGCUGGAGAGGAAGGGGUACUUCAUCUGUGACGCGCCGUACGUCCGAUCGACGAGUCCGAUUGUGCUCAUCAGCAUACCAGACGGGCGCCAGCGCCCUCGACAGUAGUCCAAGCAAACGUGACAAACGUAAGAGUAUUGGUUUACAAUUGCUCACAUAUCGAGAAGGAGGCUAUGUCGUCAGGCAGCGAUCUUGUGGUGGAUUUAAGGUUGACCCUUGCUGGGAGCUGUUCGACGAGUAAGAGGUUCUUUCCAGGUCGCCGGUUGGAUGGAAUAGUAUUUCGCUUCACAGACUGGAUGCGUUUUUUUGUAGUUUUUUCUUCCUUGUUUGACCACACCAGUCAAUGAAGUCAAAGUAAAGUCAAUGGAAAGUCAAUAAAGUUUCUGCAAA